AUGUUGUCCUCCAGCGACUUUGUUUCGGCCUCUUGGGAGCUUGUGAUACGAGUAGACAACUCUCACGGAGAGGAACCGAACCCUGUCUCACUGAGAGUGUCUGGAGACCUGCACGUGGGAGGAGUGAUGCUCAAGUUAGUAGAAAAGAUCAACAUAUCCCAAGACUGGUCAGAUUUUGCCCUUUGGUGGGAACAGAAGCGCUGCUGGCUUCUGAAAACACACUGGACACUGGACAAGUAUGGAGUCCAGGCGGAUGCAAAGCUACUCUUCACCCCUCAGCAUAAGAUGCUUCGCCUCCGCCUGCCAAAUGUGAAGACGGUGAGAUUGCGAGUCAGCUUCUCUGCCGUGGUUUUUAAAGCUGUCAGUGAUAUCUGCAAAACCCUAAAUAUUAGAAGAUCAGAAGAACUUUCCUUGUUAAAACCUUCUGAUGACUAUUUUAAAAAGAAGAAGAAGAAAGACAAAAAUAAUAAAGAGCCCAUCAUUGAAGACGUGUUGAACCUGGAGUGUUCUUCAAUAAGUUCAGGUUCACCGGUUAGUCCCGGUUUAUACAGUAAAACCAUGACUCCCACAUAUGACCCUGUCAACGGAACACCAGCAUCAUCCACCAUGACGUGGUUCAGUGAUAGUCCCUUGACAGAACAGAACUGCAGCAUCCUUGCAUUCAGCCAACCCCCCCAGUCUCCAGAAGCUCUUGCUGAAAUGUACCAGCCUCGGUCUCUCAUUGACAAAGCCAAGCUUAAUGCUGGCUGGCUGGACUCCUCACGUUCCCUUAUGGAACAAGGCAUCCAGGAGGACGAACAGCUUCUGUUACGAUUUAAAUACUACACCUUCUUUGACUUGAAUCCCAAAUAUGACGCCGUCCGAAUAAACCAACUCUAUGAGCAAGCACGGUGGGCCAUUGUCUUGGAAGAAAUUGACUGCACAGAAGAAGAGAUGCUGAUCUUUGCGGCACUGCAGUACCACAUCAGCAAACUGUCCAUGUCAGCAGAAACACAGGAUUUCACCCAAGAGCCUGAGGUUGAUGAAGUGGAAGCGGCGCUCUCUAACUUGGAAGUGGCCCUGGAAGGCGGCAAAGCAGACAGUGCUUUGGAGGACAUUACUGACAUUCCUACACUUGCAGAUAAUCUCAGAUUAUUUAGGCCCAAGAAGCUAAUAUUAAAAACAUUCAAACAAUAUUGGUUCGUCUUUAAAGACACAUCCAUUGCCUACUUUAAAAAUAAGGAGCUUGAACAAGGAGAACCCAUAGAGAAACUAAAUCUUAGAGGCUGUGAAGUUGUGCCAGAUGUGAAUGUAUCAGGGAGAAAAUUUGGGAUCAAAUUAUUAAUCCCUGUUGCUGAUGGCAUGAAUGAAGUUUGUCUCAGAUGUGACCAUGAGGAUCAGUAUGCCCAGUGGAUGGCUGCCUGCAUCUUGGCCUCAAAGGGCAAGACCAUGGCAGACAGCUCCUACCAGCCAGAGGUCCUCAACAUCCUCUCCUUUCUAAAGAUGAAAAACCGGAACUCCACAUCUCAGGUGACAUCCAGUCUCGAAAACCUGGACAUUAACCCAGAAUGCUUUGUGUCGCCCCGGUGUGCCAAGAAACACAAGUCUAAACAGCUGGCAGCCCGGAUUCUGGAAGCCCACCAGAACGUGGCCCAGAUGCCACUGGUCGAAGCCAAGUUACGAUUCAUCCAAGCGUGGCAGUCUCUACCCGAGUUCGGCCUCACCUACUACCUCGUCAGAUUUAAAGGAAGUAAGAAAGAUGACAUUCUAGGAGUUUCCUAUAACAGAUUGAUAAGAAUUGACGCUGUCACUGGAAUUCCAAUUACAACCUGGAGAUUCACCAACAUGAAACAGUGGAAUGUAAACUGGGAAAUCCGGCAGGUGGCCAUCGAGUUCGACCAGAACGUCUCCAUCGCCUUCACCUGCCUGAGCGCCGACUGCAAGGUGGUGCACGAGUACAUCGGGGGCUACAUCUUCCUGUCCACGCGCUCCAAGGACCAGAAUGAAACGCUGGAUGAGGACCUGUUCCACAAGCUGACCGGAGGCCAGGAGUGA